AUGGCAGCAGAUAUUGUUGGUGGUGCUCUUCUUUCUGCUUUCCUUCAGGCUGCAUUUGACAGGCUCGCUUCCCCUAGAGUUUUAGACUUCUUUCCUAGAAGAAAACUCGAUGAGAAGCUGCUCAACAACUUGAACAUCAUGCUGCACUCCAUUGAUGCUCUUGCUGACGAUGCAGAACAUAAACAGUUCAGAGAUCUACGCGUUAGAGCAUGGCUUUUCGCUGUCAAAGACGCUGUCUUUGAUGCAGAGGAUCUCUUGGAUGCAAUCGACUAUGAACUCACCAAAUGCAAAGUGGAAGCUGAAUCUCAACCUCAAACCUUCUCUUACAAGGUAUCCAAUUUGAGUGGCGGAUCUUGA